AUGGAGGAAAAGAAUUUCAGACCUCAGCUGCUAGUGCAUUCAAGAAAUAAUAAUGACGAAGUAGAGGUUUUAAAAGUAAAGCUAAAGGAAGAAAGAGAACUGUUUGAAAAAGAAAAACAGCAAUUUGAAGAAGAAAGAAAGAUAAUAUUUGACUCUCUUAAUAAGAUUGUUGGAAGUGGUAGUGCUAACAUUGGUAAAAAUAUAGUGAAGGCAUUAAAAAAAGCAGAGAAAUAUAAUAGUAAAAGUUAUGUAAAUAGUAUUAGCCAACAACUUAAUAAUGUAAAUAGUAGUAAUAGUAAUAAUAGUAAUAAUAGUAAUAAUACAGUAAAUAAUAAUAUAGCCAGCAAUGGAAUUGGUACACCGUUUAAUGUAAAACACAAUGUUCAUGUUGAUUUCGAUUAUAAAUGGACUAGUAAUGAAAAUUUGGAAGAAGUUUUUCAAUUUCAAGAGCAACUAGGUACUGGUAGUUAUGGUAGUGUACAUAGAGCAAUUAAUAAAGAUACCGGUUUUGAAUUAGCAGUAAAGGUUAUUCCAAUUAAAGACUCUGAGGAGAUCGAAAAGGAAAUCAGCAUUUUAAAGAAGUGUAAAAGUUCAAAUAUUGUUAGUUACUAUGGGUCAUGCCAACAAGGAGAAAAUCUUUGGAUUCUUAUGGAGUACUGUAAUAUUGGUUCAAUUAGAGAUCUUUUAGAAACUACUGAAAAAACAUUAAAUGAAAAGCAAGUUUCAAUUGUUGUCCAGCAAGCAUUAAAAGGUUUACAUUAUUUACAUCAAAAUCAAAUUAUACAUAGAGAUAUUAAAGCAGCAAAUAUUUUAUUAACUGAUGAUUCGGGUGUUAAAUUAGCAGAUUUUGGUGUUUCAGCAGUAUUGGAUGAUGUUAUGGGUUCGUCAACAACUUUUAUUGGUACACCACUAUGGAUGGCACCUGAAAUUAUUCAAAAGAAACCAUACAAUAAUAAAUGUGAUAUUUGGAGUUUAGGUAUAUCAAUAAUCGAAAUGAUUGAAGGAUUUCCACCUCAUUGGAGUAUGCCACCAGCUAGGGCAAUGCUAAUGAUACCCAAUAAACCACCACCAGCAUUAACCAAAGCGCAUCAUUACUCAAAAGAACUUAAUGACUUUCUUUCGUUGUGUUGUCAAAAAGAUCCAGAGAAAAGACCAUCAGCAUUAGAUUUAUUAACACACCCAUUUUUAGCUCAAACAUCAACUAGUCAUGAAGUUUUAAAACCAAUAAUGGACGAGUGUUUAAAGAAGAAUCAAAGUCUUAGAAAAAAGAAAAAUGAAUUACAAAGUGGUAACAUUAUACCACCAGCUGUACCAAUAAAGAAAGCUUUAAAUGAAAGUAAUAAUAAUCAACCAUUAUCCUCAUCACCUUCAAAUAAUGUAAAUAAUAGUAAAUAUAAUAAAAAAGAGUCUAGUAAAUCAAAUGGUCAACCAAAUUCAUUAGAUGAAGCUCAGUCCUUUAAUACAUUCAUACUAAAGAGCACUGUUGGUAGCGAAGAAAGUAGUUCAAAUGAAGAUUGCUUUGACACAAUGAUUUUAAAGGAUGAUGGUCCAACUGACUCCAAAACAACUAUACCUGCAUUCAUAGCUGCUUUAAAGAAAACGAUUGGAAAAGAAAACUCAAUAGCCUCAAUUGUACCAGAACAUCAAUCACCUUCAAAUAUUAAUAGUAAAUUAAAAACUUUUGAACCAAUAAACUCUGCAAAUCCAACUCCAACCCCUCCUUCCUCGGCAGCAACAACAUCGAGUAGUGAUAAUGAAGUAUUAAUUAAUCAAAUUAAAAAAGAAUUAAUUAAAGAUUUUAAUGACACAAUGAAACAAUAUAUAAAUGAACAGCUUACAACAAUGAAAGAGGAUUUAUUGAAAGAGAUAUCAAAACUAAUAACAAACAAUAAUAGCAAGCCAUUAAAUGCAUUUAAUCAGCAAUUGUCUGCUGCUGGACCACCUUUAGUUACAUCAUCAAAUAACUCACCAUCAUCACCUUCAAUAUUUAAGAAAUUCCCAUCGCCACCACCUGUUCCAACAAUACCAAAUAAACAACCAACUAGCUCACCAAUUCCAAUUCCAAAAACUACAGUAUCAACUACCACAUCAUUUGUACCAUCUUCAUCAUUUGUAUCACCUUUACCAUCUUCACCUUUACCAUCCUCACCCUUAGGCUCUUCACCACUAACAUCUGUAAAUACACCAAACAAACCACCAAUUAAUUAUAGAAAAUCGAGAGAGAUUGAGCAGUCAUCAUUAUCCACUAGCACCGGUAGUUUAAAUACAAGACCACCAUCACCAAGAAACUCAAUGAAUAACCGUCCCCCUUCACCAAAAACAUUUGGCAAUCGUCCACCAUCACCAAAAUUAAACAAUAGACCAAACUCACCAUCAAAUAGACCCCUAUCACCAAAAAAUAGUUUAGAUAAAGCAAAUAGUGCUGCACUUAGUGAUGAUUUUGUUCCAAACUCUCCAUCAACAAGACCAAGACCUGUGCCACCACCAAGACACCCAUCUAAACAAUCACCAAAAAGAGCUCCAUCACCAUCAUCUAAAAGAUUAUCCUUAUCACCAACCUCAAUUUCAUCACCAGUAAAUAAACCAAUUUCAUCAUCAGCUCCUUCAUUAUCCUCGCUCUCAAUAGCAGCUUCAACAUCAUCUAUCUCUGCACCAAACCUAUCAUCAAACACACCACCCUUAUCGGUGCCACAAUCACCAAAUACCAACAACAUUAAUAAUAAAGAUAGAGCCCCACCACCUCUUCCACCACCACGUUCAAUUUCGACACCAACAAAAACACCAAUUAAUAGUAAUAGUAGCAACCAACUAUCAAAAUCACCAGGAUCACCAUAUGUCCCACCAAGAACAACCACUGCAUCAUCAUCAACACCAAUUGUUAUUAAAAGAUCAUCCACAACUAUAUCUCCAAUGUUAAUUAGCACCAACUCCCCUAAACCAAUAUCUUCAAGACCACCUGCAUCAACUCCUCCACAACCAAUAUCAACCACAACACCUCAACCAUCAUCGUUAAAAAAUUCAGAUGGAUCAUCAUCAUCAUCAUCAGGCUCAUCAUUAUCAAUAUCAUCAAAUACACCUACAACCCAAUCUACAACAAAAGCAAUCAAUGAUGGAAAUAGUAGUGUUAGUAGUUCAAAAUCUCAAACCAUAGGUCGAAAAACUGUACUACAAGUUAAAUCAAUUUUUAGUCCGUUAAAAAAACAAUAA